UCCGACCGGCCCUGCCACAUACUCUUUCUGUAUCCAGAACCCUCAAUCUUAUAUUAAUCCACACAUCUGGAUCAUCUUAUAUUUCCUCAGAAAUAUUCUCUUCUAACUCGAAAGUAACUCAAGGAAAAAUGGCCCCUCAAGACCGCCUUUCCCAAAUUAACAAGCAUCUCAACUACCCCCAAGGCCUGCUGGCAGGCCAGGUAGCCAUCAUCACCGGUGCAGGACAGGGCAUUGGCGCAGAGGCUGCUCGAUUAUUUGCCAAUGAGGGUGCUAAGGUGGUCGUGGCGGAUAUUGAUGCUGACAAGGCAAACUCGGUAGCGAACGCCAUCAACAGCGCAGAGGCAGGCCGCGCCAUCGCCGUCGUGGGCGAUGUGACGGAUUCCAAAUACAUCGAGACAUUGGUAGCCAAAGCGGCUGAGUUCGGUAAUGGCAAGAUCCAUAUCAUCGUCAACAAUGCGGGAUUUACGUGGGAUGGAGUUAUUCAUAAGAUGACAGAUAAGCAAUGGGAGACUAUGCUGGCUGUUCACAAUACGGCGCCUUUCAAGCUCGUGCGGGCUGCGGCGCCAUAUUUCCGUGUCAAGGAUAAGGAGCCACGGGUGAUUAUCAAUAUCAGCAGCACGAGCGGUAUUCAUGGGAAUGCAGGCCAAGUCAACUACGCUCUCGCCAAAGCCGGUGUCGUCGGACUUACAAAAACCAUCGCCAAAGAAUGGGGUCCUGCAUUCGGCGUGCGCGCCAACACUAUUGCCUUUGGCCACGUUACGACCCGAUUGACUGCCGCCAAAGAGGACGGUGCAUUCAUCACCGCCCCGGACGGUACGAAAGUCCCGCUGGGUAUUCCUGGAAAGCAACUUGCAGCCCGCAAGGGUGGUUCUGGAGAUGCGGCAAAGGCCCCCGCUCAAGAGUAUCCCGAUAUCCCGCUGGGUAGGCCAGCGAGUCCAGAGGAAGCGGCCCGGUCGAUUGUGGGCGUGGCGAGCCCGUGGUUUUCUUAUGUGAAUGGACAGACUAUCAUGGUUACGGGGGGAAGGAAUAUGUGAGGUUGUAUAUAGUACAUAUAUUCUAACCAUGAUAUCUCAAUGAGAUGGCUGUUAGCUAUCUUGAUUUUUUCAGGGAGGACUGAUGGGUAGUCAUACCGACUAUAUGUAUAGUAUACAGUGGUUAGCAUGGCAGUAGGUACUAAUUGCUUUGCUUUUGAUGCCCUAUCAAGCUAUAAAUACAC